GAGAGCGAACCAGAAAAUGGAAGCCCAGAAGAAAUCGGCUGUAUCGGAUGUGGGCGCCUGGGCAAUGAACGUUGUCAGUUCCGUUGGAAUCAUUAUGGCCAACAAGCAGCUCAUGUCCACCAGUGGUUAUGCUUUCAGCUUCGCUACAACUUUGACCGGUUUUCAUUUUGCUGUAACUGCGCUUGUUGGGAUGGUUUCAAAUGCUACGGGGUUCUCUGCAUCAAAGCAUGUUCCUUUGUGGGAACUUCUGUGGUUCUCAGUUGUUGCAAAUAUGUCUAUCACAGGGAUGAACCUUAGUCUCAUGUUGAACUCGGUUGGAUUUUACCAAAUAUCAAAAUUGAGCAUGAUCCCAGUAGUAUGCGUGAUGGAGUGGAUUCUUCACAGUAAGCAUUACACAAGGGAAGUCAAAAUGUCAGUUGUGGUUGUAGUUAUAGGUGUUGGUGUCUGCACUGUUACUGAUGUCAAGGUGAAUACUAAGGGUUUCAUCUGUGCUUGUGUUGCAAUACUAUCGACAUCUCUGCAACAAAUUUCAAUAGGUUCUCUGCAGAAGAAGUACUCAAUUGGAUCAUUUGAGUUGUUGAGCAAAACAGCGCCGAUCCAAGCAGCUUCUCUUCUUGUGCUGGGCCCUUUCAUUGAUUACUAUCUUUGUGGAAAAUUUAUAUUAGAGUACAAGUAUUCUUCUGGUGCCUUUCUUUUUAUUCUUCUCUCGUGUUCUCUAGCUGUUUUCUGCAAUGUGAGUCAGUACCUGUGUAUUGGUCGGUUCUCAGCAGUUUCCUUCCAGGUUCUAGGUCACAUGAAAACUGUCUGUGUCCUCACCUUGGGGUGGCUGUUGUUUGAUUCUGAGCUGACUUUCAAGAAUAUCAUGGGUAUGCUCAUUGCUGUUGUUGGCAUGGUGGUUUACAGUUGGGCUGUGGAGGUUGAGAAACAGUCCAAUGCAAGGAUCACAAGUGUGAAAAACAGCCUGACAGAAGAGGAAAUAAGAUUACUCAAGGAAGGAGUGGAAAAAGCUCCUGUUAAGGACAUUGAACUUGCCGAGCCAAAGGAGUAAGUCGGCGGCGGCAACGAAUAUCAUUAGCAGCCGUGAUGUUUGUGUUUAGUUACAGCUUAGUUGCAUUUGCUUGUCCCAGCAAGAUAUUGCUCUUUUUGCUAACCGGUUGUACAACUUAGAGUUGGAAGAUGGAAGUCAGCGAAGCGACUGCGAUUACAGUAGUGUUUUUCCUUUCUGAUUUAAAUUGUCCCCUCCCAUGCAUUUUCAAUUCAAAUCCCACAAGAAGAUAGAAAACGAAAGUGGAAAAGGAGAAGAAAAUGAUUUGUUGAAUAUGGCACAGUGUUAGGGUUGUGAAUGAUUUGAAACAUUCUGCACAUUCUAUUUAAACUUUGUAUCCAAUUUCGAUGUCAGGAAUUCAGUUUUAAGUUAUGCCAUUAAUAGCUUUUUUCUUGAGCA